AUGAUUUCGUUCAUUAUCCUACAACCUAAGUCGUUUUUAAGUAACUAAUUAUUCCUUUAUCAGUCAAACAUUACAUAAAGUAAAUGCCCAAUUCAAUCCCUUAUAAUACUCUUUAUAGACAUUACCUCCUUAGCUAUAUGUAGAUAUCUCAAAAAAUAAUUUCUCCUGAUUUUAGGAAAUAAUAAUAUAGAAUACCAUCUCUCUUUGGUUCAUCAGCUAAUUAUGAAACAAUCAUAUAUUCAUAAUGGAAUUAUUCAAUUGAUAUUAUAAGAUAAACUCAAAAUCUUAAUUCUAUUGAUAUUUGAUUAUCUCUUAGUCUUGAUAUAAUUAUUGAUCAGCAUAUUAUGUAGAAGUUAAAUCUUUUGUAUGCAAUUAAAUUGUAAUGAUAUGGUCGUGAAUUUAUUCCAAAAGCUUGUAUUUAAUAAAUAUUUAAAUACUUAUUAAUUUAACCCUGAAUAAUAAACUAGAGCGAGUAUGAAUUUCAUCUCGACCAACCAUCCCAAGUAGUUAGGAAGUUGUAGCAUCCCUUUAUUACUCAGAAAUUUCAUAAGCUUUUAAAUUAAAUUAACUACUCCAUCCUCAUUUACUCUUAAGGAGGUUAAAAUAGCACUCAUUCCCUUUGAAUUAAUUAGAAUUAAAGAUUUCUCCUGUAAAGUAUAUACGAAAAAAUGA